AUCAGACAAGUUCAAGUUUUCGAACCGUAAGCACCAGAUCCAUAAUCAUAAUGUUCAAAUCCGCCGUUGUUAUUCUGGCUAUCGUUGCCUGCGCUGCUGCCAAGCCUGGACUUCUGGGUGCUCCCCUUGCUUACACUGCUCCUCUGGCUUACUCUGCUCCUCUGGCUUACUCAGCUCCUGCUGCCGUGGUAGCUGCUCCCGCUCCAGUUGUGACCGCCACCAGUAGCCAGGUUAUCGCCAGGAACUACAAUGGAAUCGCCGUUGCUCCUGUGAUUGCUCCCGUUGCCGCUCCUGUGGUGGCCAAGUACACUGCUGCUCCUUUUGCCUACGCUUCUCCUUUGGCCUACUCCGCUCCUCUGGCUUACACUUCUCCAUUGGCUUAUAAAACUCUUCCGGCUGCUGCUCCAGUUCUUCUGUAAGAACGUCGACUGAUCAAUAAAAAUACAAAAAAAUGAGAU